AUGGAUCCAGGAAACAGGCCGCAGCUUGUUCAUACUCCGUCCCAGCAGUCCAUUGCGGCCUCCUCCGACUAUUAUUCUCUCUCCAAUGUUACUGUCAGCUCUGAGCGCAGCAAGAUCACCGUAGUGCGAUACCAGACCCCUCCGUCAAGACCCGCUUCUCCGUCAGAAACGAUGCUACGCGAUGAUUCUACGGGGCAAGUUAAGGAACCGUCGAACUCGCACCGUAACCCGUCGCAAACUGGCGCCCGAACGGAUACGGGGACUCCCUCCGCUAUCCUUGAUGACACCCCAUACAUCCGCUUUGCGAUCGACCAAUUGACCCGCGAUGAAGAGCUCCGGGGCCAGGGGCGCCAGGGCACUAUUGUUGCCACAGACGAUUAUCCCGUUGAACGUAUCAUCCCCGGCGAGGGGUUGGGAUACUAUAGCCCCGUGAGGAAGCAGGACGAAGAACAGCAAUUACAGCCGGAAACAGUCGUUGGAGAAGAUCAUCCCGAACUUUUCAUUCCACUAGACCCCCCGCGGGACGGAUAUCGGUACCCUCCGCUCAAUGCUGUGCCUCUCGUACUUCGCCCGUUGCUCCUUGGUCCUCUUAUCGUAUUAUGCGUGUGUAUGGUCGCUGCAUUAAUCUUCUGUGGCACAUGGUCACAAAAGUACCUUGGGUUGUGGGAGUAUGACGGCUUUGACGGGCCAAAAUAUUUUGUUUUCAGGUUUUUACCACCGCUACUCGCAGUUUCGAUCAUCUUGUGGGUCAACGUCGUCCAGGCCGCCAUAUAUCGGGUCUCCCCCUUCUCCGUCCUCUCUCGAACAACCAACCGACGACGAGCGCUGCAAGGUUUGCCAAUGGUACCACAGAAUUUUCUUCUCCCCGAUAUGUCACAUUUUCAACACGGGGAAGCACUGAUUGGGCGCUUGCCUUUGUAUUAUUUGGGUUACGAGCUUGAUCAUUAUUCCCGCUCCAGAGCUGUCUUUUCGUACCGAAGUGGUACAUUAUUGCCGAGGAAAGGUAGAUUUGAAUGGACUACUGUCCGCCCUGUCGCCUGGGGUCCUUGUUUCGUUUUACUUGCUGCUUGCUGUCGCUUUGGCUGCAGUUCUCGUUCGGUUCAAUUCGGGACUUACCGGCUGCAAUGGGACCCGGUCUGCCUCGCCGAUAUCAUUCCAUUGAUCCAGAAGUCCAAUCUCCUAGAUGAUUUUGAUCAAACGGAAAUAGCCGACAAAGUACGGGACCGUCUCCCUUCACGGCCAAUCCGGUUAGGCUACUGGAAAACUUCUACUCAGCCGGAAAUAUUUUAUGCCCUUGGAGAAGCAAAUGGACCAGUGAAACGUCUGGCGGAACAGACUGAUCGCCUGAAGGAAAAACCCAAUGACAGAGGAACUGCCUCCGAAGAGGUCGAUGUCGAGCGGCAACAGCUGAACUUGAAAAGCUCUUUUGAGAGGAACCUCCACUCUCCCUUUGUCAGAUUUCGGUGGGCUCCUUGGUUCCUGAAGGACACCUUCAUUGUGGCCUGGAUUGUGAUCGCGCUUGUUCUCUUCGUCGGUUUUAUCGUCGUCAGUUUUGUUAAGAAACCUAUUCGCAAUGGUUUCCUUCCCCUGCUCCCGACUCUCCCGUCGCCCUCGGGCUUUUCACCAUCCAACUUCCUCUACAGCUUCAUUCCUGCCCUCAUUGGAACCCUACUCUUUCUUGCUUGGCAGCCUCUGGACGUUUAUUUCCGCACCAUUCAGCCAUUCGCGUCACUGUCUUCUCCCGACGGGACUUCCGCUGAUUCAAGCCUUCUCUUGAAAUACAAUUCCUGCCUACCGUUCGAAGUCACCAUCCUCGCUCUGACCAAUCGCCAUUACAAAGUGGCGUAUAUCUCUCUUGUUAGUUUGAUUUCCUUGACUUUGCCUGUCCUUGCGGGCGGCAUGUUCAUGGCUCGCUGGUAUGCUGCGGAAAGCGAAAUCCGGAUCUCAACACACCAACCCGCGUUUUAUACCCUCAUCGCAUUUGUAGCAGUCUAUGCUUUGUCCUUCUUCGCCCUUUGGCCGCGUCGGAAAAGAUAUCUCCCACAUAGCGUCUCCACCUACGCGGACGUGAUUAGCUUCCUAUACCAGAGCCCCCUUCUUUCAGAUAAGAUAUUCCGUGAACCUAAAUCCAAGACGGACCUGGUCACGCGGGCGAUCAUAGCGCCGCCGGGGGAGGGGUUGCAAGCGCUUUAUGCAUUUGGUAUUUACCACGGACUGGAUGGAAAAGAGCACCUGGGAAUCGAUAGGCUGAGGAGACCAGAGAGAGGAGACAUGUUAGUUUCCCCUCCUCCAGGAGGGAGACCUUUUUCCAUAUAA